AUGGUUUCGCAACGUUUCUCGGCCGUGCUCUUGCUUCUGGGCGGUGCACUUAUUGGCUUGGGCAACCAAGCUUAUGCUUUUGACUACGAAAAAGACGACAAAACUGGGAGAUGGGUUUUCGACGUCUACGGAGACGGCUACAGUGAGAAGAAAGAUAAGGGUGGCCAGGCGCCACUCGACAUAAUCAUGGUCAACACGCAGACAAAGCGCCUCACUGUCGUCAAGGCCAUGAAUGGACUGGACAAGACGGAGCCCCGCCUCAAGAUGCGACAGGUUCUCAAGGAGUGUUGGACGAUGACAGGCCUCCAGACGUCUCAGCUGGAGGAGGUACUCGGCUACAAGAUCGAGAACGCCGAUAUGAAGGCAGCCCUCGUGGAUUGCCGUAAGACUAUGAACCUGCAGCCUAGCGACUCUUUCGUGCUGUCGACCACAGACACGGACCUGGCCAAGAAGAGGUGCUGGGACAGACUCGACAGAACAAUAUUUUCAGCCUCCAUCCGGGGUGCAGUUGCCGAUUUCAGCAUCAACAAGAAACUUAUACAGGUCAAGGUGGACAACGGGGGAGAGUGGGAUCACGUUUACUACAAAUUCUCAUAA